AUGAGUUCCUCAAGGAUAAUGGACCCUAAGGUGCGAGAGACUGAAGGAGAUGGAGAGGACAAUUCAGGAAAGAAAAAAUCAAAGUUCAAAUCUUUCAAAAAUUUUUUUGUGAAAAAGAAAAGGAAAGAAACAUCUUCUUCUGGAAGCAGCCCUCUGAAGCUAUUCCAGUCGACGAGCGAUGUCGCAGCCUCACACGACAUGCACGUUAAUUAUGAUUCUGAAGACGAACUCAAGACACAUAAAGGCAUUAUGGGGAGCAGAGCUUUGUCACAUGACAGCAUUUUCAUCCCUGAGACUGGGCAAGAGCCUGCAAGGCCAGUAAGAGUGUUUUCUCAAGAAAACGUUUCUGAUCGAAUUAGAGCUUUACAGCUGAAGCUCCAGCCUACCAUGAAACUGGGACCUCCGCCUCCACUCAGACUUCAUGCAAAGCGAACAGAGGAUGCUGGGACCAGUUCUGAAGAUGAUGGAUUACCCAGGAGCCCUCCAGAAAUGUCUUUGCUACACGAAAACCUAAAUUCAGGCACAGCAACAAGAUUCUCUGAUUCUCACAAGCACCUUAGCUCUUUGAGUUUAGCUGGAACAGGCAGUGAAGAAGAAGAACAGGUUACAUUGGGUCCUUCUUCUAGAUCUCGCUUUACAGACGGUCAGCUGUUCCCUAGGCAUGGAAGUGCUAAAACGGGAGCUCCCUGGAUACCUGACAGUCCCAUCUCGCCUGCAGCUGAUUUUGACACUCCACCUGAGUUUUCCUCUUGCUUGGAUAAUUCUGCUGCUAAACACAAGCUUUUAAUAAAACCCCGCAAACACAGAUCCAGUAAAAUUAGAAGAUUUUCUCAGAGGACCCAGUCUGCAUCUCUGACUGAUUUGAGCUGUACCCCAGAAGAAGAAGAGGAUGAUGAAAAGGAGAUGCAGACAGACUUGCCAGAUGCUGUAUUCAAACCCAGCAAUCAAAAACUGUCAUGCGGCACAGCUGCAGCGCAGGAUGUGGCUUCCUGGCUGAAGCCCAGAGUGCCUGAGGACCUUCCCCCUGCUUCGAGACCAGCGAUGACUCAGCCUGCUUCUGAGCCUGCUGUUCUACAGGAAGCCCUGCUACCAGAUAACAAACCGGAGGGCUGCCAACCAGCAGUGGAAACAAUGUGUGUGAAGUCUGAGUCCUCGUUGCUGUUAGAAGGCAAAGACUCCGCAACUUCGUCCUAUUCCAGUCCAGACAGAGAAGUACAAAAGCAAGAAGAUUCCUCAGAGACACCGUUUCUGUUGUCUGGGGAUGUGAGUGAUGGAGCAAUCAAUAUUUUAAAUCAAGAAAAUAAGGAGCUUCCUACUGUGUUUUCAGUAAAUAAAAUACCAUCCGAAGAAGAGAUUUCAAUUAGUAAGAACAGUAUUGUUUGCUUGGAAGGGUCAGAAGAAAAUGUGCAGCAGGAUGAUCAGAUACCUGUGGAAAUGCCCUGUAAUAAAGAGGCAAAGAAAGAGGUUGCUCUGUUGUCAGAGUCCAGCAAGCAAUUUUCCAUAGGUUCUUUCCAGCCUCUGAACUCAUUCCAUGUUUCACAUGCUGCUUCCUCAGCACAGAUGGGAUCAUCUGCUUCCUGCUCUCUAGAGAAGACAAAGACUGUGCAAGAGGCAGCUGCUUCUGGUGAGAGCAGUCAGCCGCUGGUCCACAAGGAGGAACUUUCGGGGAAGAAAGCUGGAAAAGCAGUCAAUGAACUCAAUGCCUUGAGAAAGUUUUCGGUCUCCUCUGCACGGGAGAGACCAAGGACCAAAAGCCUACACUUCCCAGAAAGAUCAGAGUUGGAAAGCCCAUUAAAUACCGCAUUCUCCCUGUCCAAAGCAAAGGUCUUCUCAAGAAAAGAGAAGUGGAAAGGAGACUUGCAGAAGGGAUCAGAUCUGGAGGAGGAAAAAAGUAGGAACAAAAAGCAGGCUUUGCUGCCGGAGUCCGACUCUGAGAACACAGUCCAACUCACAGAAGUUUCGUCUGGCUGCGUUUCUCUGUCUGUCGAUGCGGUGCCGGUGCCAAGCGAUUCUUUGGUGGUAUCUCAGAAUCAGCCAAGCUGUGAAGAUAAAAGUCCUUUUCAAGUGAAACUUAGAUCCACCUCACUGUCCUUGAAAUAUAGAGACAACUCGUCACCAGAAUCAAAAGGAAUUAAAAGAUACAGUGCAGAGUUUAAUUUAGAAAACGAGGGAUUGACUACCUUUCUAAAAGGUGAUAAGGCACAGAUCAAAAAAACAGCUGAUACAAAUAUUGGUGAUUCUUUAAAUGAAAAGAUCAAACCCAAAGCAAAGUCCUCCGAACAGCUUAGUAGCAAACCUCCGUUGCCUAAAAAGCCAGCCUUGCAAAAUGUGAUCGUUCCAAAUACUGCUGCGAACAAGGAGAAGCAAGACAAAACUAUUCACUCUCCUGAAUCCAGAAAUGAAGACAGAGACUUGGAGAAAAAGGGAAAUCCUUGUAAAGUGCCUGAGAGAAGCGUGCCUUCCACCGCGGCUGCUGGAGACUCCGGAAGAGAUCCCAACACUCCCGCAGAGCCAGCCUGGAUUUCCAUCGCGAGGCAAAAGCAGAGGGGCAUGCAGCAGGAGCAGGAACUCAACACAGAAAAACCUGUGGCUUUGGAUGUUAGGCCAGAGGCAGAGAAACAGAGUAAAGAGAAAGAACGCACAGAGGAGUUGGUGAAGCAGCAAUGGAGCAAACCUUCACACUUGGCACCUAAAACCACUUCUGAAGAACAGAGGAAAGAGACGAAGUCUGAAGUGAGGGAGCCGCUGCUGAGACUGAGUUCACUGUCACAUUAUUUCCCUGCAGCUCCAUCACCAGCACUGGUGGAUAAAGAGGCAAUGAGCCACUUGAAGAAAGUCAGUAAUACUGCUCCGGAUCAGCCAUCGUGGAUGGAACUGGCCAAAAAGAAAUCGCAAGCCUGGAGUGAUAUGCCACAGAUUAUAAAAUAG